GUUGCGUUAUUUAACCGCUCAUCACUAAAAAAUCAUCAAAUCUUGCGCUGUGUGAACAUUGACGUGUCCUAAUGACGUAGAGUGUCGUCUGCUAGGAGGGCAGCGGGCAGGGAGGGUAGCAGUCGUGGCCACUACUUGCCGCAAUGUACGCGUAUGUCCCGAUCUUUAUUUACGAUUGAUAUAUAAAAAUAAAUAACCGAGUAUUUUCUCGAUUUCCAUCGACUAAAUUCGAUGCGUUAAUUAAUUGAAUAAUUUUCAUAUAAUUCGGGCGAAUGAAAAUUCACUGUGACUAUGGAGCUCGGAAAAGGACUUUUAGUUUUGUUGCUUCUCUUGGUUAUGUUUUCCGACGCAGAGCUCGACGAGGGGUUGAAAAAACGUGAGGAUAUCGGGGAUAGUAAGAAAUCUAGUACUAACGACGAUCACGAUGAAGAAAUCGUCGAGGAAGACUUGGAGAACGCCUUCGAACAGCUUCGUGAAAUCAAAGCCUUGCGUGACACUAUUUUGAAGCUGGUACCAGCAUCCAAUCCCUUUUUGAGGGAUGUUUUACUUGGUAAACAACGUAAGGGUGACUCCCAAGAUCAAAACGAGGAUGAAGAUGAUGACUCAGCCUCCUACACAGUCCUUAGAUCCGGUUCAAAAGAUCCAGAAAUAAUUCGAAUGGAAGAAAUGAUAGCUUACGCUAAACAGCUGAAAAUUGAACAAAAAAGAGAAAGAGAACGGCGUGACAGGAAUUUGGAUGACGAUAUCGGCGUCGAUUCUUGGGAAGAAAAUGAUGUAUCUAUCGCCGAUGUUCCUGAAGAAGAAAUUAUCGUACCAUUGACUCCUGAACAACAAGAAGCCGAGGAAUUAUUCAAGAAGGCUCAAGCCAUUCUGAAUGCUACUCACUCCAAUAAGGCCGAGGCACACAAGCUCCUGACAGCAGCCGCUACUUUGGGACAUAGAGAAGCUCGUUCGAUGCUUGCUUGGGGUCAGCUACUAGGAACACAUCUAAGUUCGUCUUCAUCCAGUUCUUCCUCGCAGGAUAUUUCUUCCGCGUUACAAACUUUCAAGGAACUUGCUGAGACUGGAUUACCCUCUGCUCACAUGGGUUUAGGUUUUCUUUACGCUACGGGCUUGGGGGGAUUGAAUGCUUCACAAGGAAAGGCAUUGUUACAUUACACUGUAGCAGCUCUGGGAGGAGAUACGAGGGCACAAAUGUCUCUGGGAUAUCGCUACUGGGCUGGUGUUACAACGGCAGCGUCUUGUGAGAAGGCGUUGGACUUUUAUCGCAAGGUAGCUAACAAGGUUGCCGAAGAAGUAUCCUUGAGUGGAGGACCAGUCAUUCAACGAGUCAGACUCUUGGACGAGUAUGAAAAUCCAGGGUAUACCUCCGGCAUACUGGACCAGGAUUUGAUCGAGUAUUAUCAAUUGCUAGCUGAGAAAGGAGACAUUCAAGCCCAGGUUGGACUUGGACAGCUUCAUUAUCAAGGCGGGAGAGGCGUCCCGUUAGAUCACCAAAAGGCACUUCACUACUUCCAGCAUGCCGCUGAUGCUGGCAAUUCAUUAGCUAUGGCCUUUCUGGGAAAGAUUUAUCUUGAGGGAAGUGACAUAGUUAAACAGGACAAUGAUACAGCCUAUAAAUAUUUUAAAAAGGCUGCCGAGCUUGGCAAUCCCGUUGGUCAGAGUGGCUUGGGGCUUAUGUACUUGUACGGCAGGGGCGUAGAGCGAGACACAGCCAAAGCUUUGAAGUAUUUUAGUCAAGCAGCGGAUCAAGGCUGGGUUGACGGGCAGCUGCAGUUAGGGAACAUGUACUUCAGUGGAACAGGUGUAAGACGCGACUACAAACUAGCUAACAAAUACUUCAACCUCGCGAGUCAAUCUGGCCAUGUACUGGCACUGUACAAUUUGGCACAAAUGCAUGCGACAGGAACUGGAAUGAUGCGAAGUUGUCCAACGGCUGUAGAGCUCUUAAAAAAUGUAGCCGAGAGAGGAAAGUGGAGCGAUCAGCUAAUGAUGGCUCACAACGAGUAUCGGGAGGGAAGAGUAGAUGAAGCAUUCGUCACCUAUGCUCUUUUGGCCGAGAUGGGUUACGAGGUUGCUCAAAGCAACGCAGCCUUUAUUCUGGACAGAGCAGAGACAACCAUUUUGUCGGAGGAAGAGGGGCUUGUCAGAGCUUUAUAUCUUUGGGCACGUGCCGCUGCUCAAGGGUAUUCUCCCGCGCAGGUGAAACUGGGCGAUGCUCAUUACUACGGCAAAGGUACACGGGUCGACUACGAGGUUGCGGCUAGUCACUAUCGAUCCGCUUCAGAUCAACAACAGAAUGCUCAAGCAAUGUUCAACCUGGGCUACAUGCACGAGCGCGGUCUUGGCCUCGCUAAAGAUCGACACUUGGCGAAACGUUGUUACGAUUUAGCGGCUGAGGCCAACGCAGACGCCCGUAUACCGGUAGCCCUGGCCCUCCUCAAACUGUCUUUUUUAUUCGGACUUGACUAUAUCCAAGAAUUGAGCUUUAUCGACCAUUGGGACCAAUGGGAUCAGUUCCUUGGGCAAAAUUGGGACUUAUAUCUAAUCGGAUUGCUCACCGGGAUGCUCAGCCUGGUAAUUUACUUUCGUCGACCUCAACCGCCGCCACCGCGACCCGCACCCCCUGUUAACUAGUCUUAUUUUACUUACAUGAACACUUGAACACCAUGAAUUAUUACCACCAAGCGCAGGGUCGUUCAUUGAGUUGUGAAAUAACACAAUCGAGAUGUUUUCUAUUAUUUUAAAUAUGAAAUAACGGAUAUACAAAUUUUAUCAACUAUUUACAAAUGUAUGGCUCAA